AUGACAUCCGAAUCCCCGCACUCCGCCGUCGUCGUCGACGAAACCCCCCUCUCACCCGUACGCUCCCUCGACCGCCGCAACAGCCUGGAAAAACAUCUCCAGCACCGGCCAGAACCACAGGACCUAAAGAACCGUCACAUCCUCCUAGACACCACCACAGCUCCCGCCCUCCAAGCCAAAGCCCUCGAACUCGAACGCCAACGUGCAACCGACAAUCUCAAGCGCGGCCUCAACGCCCGCCCGGACCGCGGCGACCUCGUCCAACGCAAUAUCCUGCCAGACUCGACGGCUGCGCCUGCACUGCAGGGACAUCAGAAGGAGCUCGAGUUGCAUAUGCGGGCUGAUAGCUUGGAGAAGGGGUUGCAGGCGCGUCCGAGUCCGGAGGAGUUGAGGAGGAAGGGGAUUUUGGGGGCUGAGGAGGGGGUGUAG